CUUAGAUAGACCAUGGCCCUGAGAGCAUGUGGCUUGAUCGUCUUCCGAAGACACCUCAUCCCCAAGAUGGACAACAGUGCGAUUGAGUUCCUACUGCUGCAGGCUUCAGAUGGCAUUCAUCACUGGACUCCUCCCAAAGGCCAUGUGGAACCAGGAGAGAAUGACUUGGAAACAGCCCUGAGGGAGACUCAGGAGGAAGCGGGCAUAGAAACAGGCCAGCUGACCAUCAUUGAGGGGUUCAGACGGGAGCUCAAUUACGUGGCCAGGGGAAAGCCUAAAACAGUCAUUUACUGGCUGGCGGAGGUGAAAGACUUCAAUGUGGAGAUCCGUCUCUCCCACGAGCACCAAGCCUACCGCUGGCUGGGGCUGGACGAGGCCUGCCAAUUGGCUCAGUUCAAGGAGAUGAAGGCAGUACUCCAAGAAGGACACCAGUUUCUCUGCUCCACAGAGGCCUGAGAUGACUGAGCAAA